AUGCGAGAGGUUUCUGACUUGACUGGACCAGUAUCAGGUGGGGGACCUCCUGUGAAGCUCCAUCAAGUGAACCUCAAUCACGUACUGCUCGGAGUCGGCAUUUUAAAGAAGUAUCUGUUGGACAACGUGGAGCAUUGGAUCCCACACAAAGAACUCCAAAAUGUGCAAGGGUUUGACUUGAAUGGACCAGUACCAGGUGGGAGACCUCCUGGGAAGCUCCAUCAAGCAAGCCUCAAUCACAGGCCAUACAUUUGUUUGGUGGAUGAUUGUCGUUCCAGCUUUAGAAGAAAGGACCACUUAAAUCGUCAUCUUCUUCAGCACCAAGGGAAACUCUUUAAGUGUCUGAUUGAGAACUGUAAUCGUGGGUUUGUUUCCCAAGGUAACAUGAGGAGGCAUGUAAGAGAACUCCACAAUGAGGAUGAUCCUUCGGCUAAUGUUGGAGGUCAGAAGCAGCAUGUAUGCCAGGAUUGUGGAAAGGUGUUCAAAUUUGCUUCAAAGCUGCAGAAGCAUGAGAAUUCUCAUGUUAAGCUGGAUUCAGUGGAGGCAUUCUGCUCUGAACUUGGCUGUAUGAAAUAUUUUUCUAAUCAGAAAUGCCUUAAGGCCCAUAUUCAGUCCUGCCACCAACAUAUCACCUGUGAGAUAUGUGGGACCAAGAAGCUGAAAAGGAACAUCGAACGGCAUCUCUGCACGCAUGAAGGGGGGCGUGCUUCAGUGGAGAGAAUUAAAUGCAGUUAUAAGGGUUGUCUUCACACAUUUUCAACUAAAUCAAAUCUCCAUCAACAUGUCAAGGCAGUACACCUUGAACAUAAACCUUUUGUCUGUAGCUUUUCGGGUUGUGGCAUGAGAUUCGCAUACAAGCAUGUGAGAGAUAAUCAUGAGAAGACUGGACGUCAUGUCUAUGCAUAUGGGGAUUUUGAAGAGGCUGAUGAGCAAUUCCAGUCAAGGUCAAGGGGUGGCCGUAAGAGGAAGUACCCCACUAUAGAAAUGCUCGUACGAAAAAGGGUGACUCCACCAGACCAAUUGGGCCAGGAGUCUGAGUACCGCUCCUGGUUGCUCUCACAAGAAGCUGAAGACGAGUAUUGA